GUCGCCCGCAGCCCGCUGGGCCCGUUGCUGAGCAAGCGUUUCGCCGCCGGCAGGUUCGGGACGUCCGGCGCACUGAGGCUGGUGCGGGAACGCACGGGGCGCGCCCUGCGGAUGCGGACCCGCGUUGGGAGCCCGCGGCCAGAGGCCGGCGCGGGGCUGGGCCUCCAGGACCGGAGCAGGCGGCUGCGCAGGCAGGUGGUGGCCAGGCAGCCGGGCUCCGUGUCACCUCCGCGCUGAGGCGUCGGUGCUUCCGUUCGUUGCUGUUCCCGGCCCUGCGAGCUGCAGCCCCCUUGCCCUUUUAAGAACGAGGUUUACCUCUUGAGAAAACGGUAGAGGCGCUCUGAUUUUGGGGAGCACAGGCCAACCUUCAUACCGGUCUCUGUCUUUAAAAGUGUUCAUGGCUGUGGCUGCAUCAGACCCCAACCCUGAGCCAGCGAGGAAACACCUUGUCUGUGAAUGUCUACUACUUUUGUGAAAGAGCCGUGUAGAAAAGUGGAGAAUUCACACCAAAGGCAACAUGUUACGUGGGGCUACGGCCUGUUGAUUUUUGAGGAGGUACUCGCCUAAGACACCAGCGCCAGCUGCACCUGGCCAGGAGUCUAGUUUCCUUGUGGGAAGUCUCGUGGAUUUGACUUGGCUGCUGCACCCCCAGGCAGGGACAUGGCUGCAGGGGACAUGGCCUCGACCCGGCUGGGGGCCGGGCAGCAGCACCUCCAUCCACUGAAGAGGAGGGGCUUGGUGCUGCUGAGACUCACGGCCAUUGUCUUUGCUGUACUUCUCUUUUGUGAAUUUCUAAUCUAUUACCUAGUGAUCUUCCGGUGCAGUUGGCCUGCAGUGAAAACUCCCACAGAUGCCGGUGGACUCGGGACCCCUGAGCCUGUGCUCAGGGCCAUGUUCUUGGCUGACACCCACCUGCUCGGGGCUGUGAGAGGCCACUGGCUGGACAAAUUACGGAGGGAGUGGCAGAUGGAGCGAGCCUUCCAGACGGCGCUGUGGCUGCUGCAGCCCGAAGUCGUCUUCAUCCUGGGAGAUGUCUUUGACGAAGGGAAGUGGAGCUCCUCCCAGGCCUGGGCGGACGACGUGGGGCGCUUCUGGAAGAUCUUCCGACACCCGCCCCAUGUGCAGUUGAGGGCCGUGGCCGGCAACCAUGACAUCGGCUUCCACUACCAGAUGAACACAUACAAAAUAAAACGAUUUGAGAAAGUUUUCAACCCUGAAAGGCUGUUUUCUUGGAAAGGAAUUAAUUUCGUGAUGGUUAACAGCGUUGCACUGGAAGGGGAUGGCUGUGAUAUCUGCUCUGGAGCAGAGGCUGAGCUCCUGGAAAUCUCUCACCGGCUGAACUGCUCCCGGGAGCAGGAGCAUCGCCCCCAAGAGUGUGGAGACGGGCAGCGGCUGCCAGCCUCGGCCCCCAUCCUCCUGCAGCACUUCCCGCUUUACCGGAGAAAUGACGCCAACUGCUCCGGGGAGGACGCGGCACCCCCCGACGAGAAGUACACCCCCUUCAAGGAGCGCUAUGACGCGCUCUCUCAGGAGGCCUCGAGGAAGCUGCUGUGGUGGCUCCGGCCGCGCCUGGUCCUCAGUGGCCACACGCACAGCGCCUGCGAGGUCCUACACGGGGCCGGCGUCCUGGAGGUCAGCGUGCCAUCUUUCAGUUGGAGGAACAGAAACAACCCCAGUUUCAUCAUGGGCAGCGUCACGCCCACAGAGUACGCCCUUGCCAAGUGCUACCUGCCCUGCGAGGACACGGUUCUGACCACGUACUGCACGGCGGCCGGGGGCCUCGUGCUCCUCACGUUAGUCCACGCUGGGCUCGUAGCCUCACCUUUUCAUUUCGGUUGGAACAUGCUCAGAAAAUUUAAGACCACGUGAGUAGCAGGGGACGUUCUGCACUUAGUAGUAAGUCCCGAAGCCAACGAAACUGAACUUCAGGCAGUGCCUACGGAGGGCGAGACCGAAGUGGGCCAUGGGCACAGCUCGUAGGAUCUGGGUUGCUGGUGCAGAGUCCUGCAGAAUCAAUAGUUGAUUGUGCUGUUCUCACGCUGUGAAAAUGGGACUUGUCUCUACAGCAGGUCUGUCUUCUCGUUUUAUCAAAUAUAUGUGUAAUCAAAGAUUGUGUCUGUACAGUGUGUAAAAGCUAUGAAUGUCAUCACUUGCAUGCACUAGACAGCCUUCCGUCCCCAAGAUGUAGGGGGAGCUGUUCACAAAUGCUGGGUUUGCUUCUGUCCUCCUAUGAGUAGUUCUCAAGUUCUUAUAUUUUAUAAAGCUGUAUACUUAAAAUAAAAUACAGAUGCUACGAGCAGGAAUACACUGUUCUCAAGACUUUUGUAUUUCUGUGCUAAAUUUAUGGAAUCCGAUUUUUAUUAAUUAAUUAAUUUUUUUUGGCUGUGCCACGCGGCAUGCAGGAUCUUAGUUCCCUGACCAGGGAUCAAACGUGUACCCCCUGCAGUGGAAGCACAGAGUCUUGACCACUGUACUGCCAGGGAAGUCCCUGGAAUCAGAUUUUUAGAUGAGUGUAAUUUUCUCUCCAGCAGACCAAGUUGUUAAAUUUGAAUUGAAUGCCUGUCAGUGAUCAAAAGAAAGUUGAAAAAUGGACCAGGAAGAGGCUUUUGGUAUUUAAAAAUAAAUAUGCUGUGGUAAUUUUAAACCGGAUAAAAUGUAUUCUUUUUGUGUUUUUUUCCCUAAGAGUCUGGCUCUUCAAUCAGACUUUUAAGUAGGAAGUUUAGUUACAGCGGAAUUGUUGAAUAAUAAUGCAUGUAAAAAUAUACAACUUCAUUUUUUUUGGGUGUAUGUGUGGGGCUGUAGCUCUUCCGAUUUUCAUGUUUUACUUUGAAAAUGCAAUGGAAACUGAAAAUCAUUUCCACUUUAUAUGUCUCAGUUCAACUGAGAGUUUUAUGAAAUAAUCAAGGAUGACAGGAACAGGAAUUCGAUGAUAAUGAAAUAAAAAAAUGUGAUGGUGCAUUGUCUGUAAAGUUGUCAUCCUUUAUUUCAUGGAAGAGCAGUAUUUAAAUGUGGAUGAAUUUACAAAGGAUUAUAAGAUGCUGAUUUAUAGAGUAAACUUAAAAAUAUUAAAGACUAAAAGACGAAAUGGGAGUUAAUGCAGUAACGCAGGCUAGGCUGCCCCAUCUCUGCAUUUGUGUUGUUGAAAUAUAACCUUGGACAAUUUAAAAGAUUGUCUUUGACCUGAGAAAACCGCCCUUAAAGCCAUGGAUACGCGAGAACGGCUUUCGAGGUCUUGAGCUGGAUGUAACUCAUGAGGCUGCAUUUGCAAGUCUAGGUUGAGAAACAGCCAUGUAUUUUGACUUUGUAUUUCAAAUAAAGGUUUUGUAAUGUUUCUUCUUCAAAAGGCAAAUCACGUUCUAUCCUUUGAUUCUCCAAGGCCAGAGACAAGCCUGGAACCCUUGUCUUCUCGCUCUUUGUUUACGAUGAGACCUGUGGUCAAGGACAGCCAUAGUCAAGGCACGGAGAUCUACAGGGAUUUUCCUUGAGUAGUUAUACAAAAUAAUAUUACAUUUCGUGGUCUGUACAGUGUAAUAAACCAGCAGUAAAACAACAAAAAGAACCUAUGAAAGGAGGCCGUUGCCUGAGCAGCAGUUUUUUCAAAAAAGGAACGUCUGAACCUGAGCAGGUCCGUUUCCACGUGACCCUUGAGCUGAGGAGAGGCCACACCCUGCAUCCCACUGAAAGGCAACACGCAAGUGGGGUCGGUCAUCUCAGUGCCGCCCUGGGGCCUGUACCCUGCCCAUUCCUGCUGGGAAGCUGUGUGACCUGAGGUCGGAAGUCCGACCUCCCUGAGCCUCCGUGUGCUCAGCUAUGAGAUGAGGGAACAACACCUUCCCAUCCCUCAUUGUUUGGGGGAGAUUAAAUAAGCUCGUGAGAGACUAAGUGCAAAGAGCAGGGUCACCCUAAGGUGGCAGGACAGCAAAGGGCAAGGAAAAUGCUCACCAAGAACAGAUCCCGGAUGAAGAACUUAGCUCUUGUGACUUUGGGAUCUUCUCCUGCAUCUGGUGUCGCUGUAGAAGAUCAAAGGGAAUUUAAUUUAAGUGACAUGACACACAGAUACAGCUGGAUGGAGGCUGUGCACACAGAGCACGGAAGCACACGGGCCAUGCAGCCAAAGACUGAAACGUGACCUUCGU